GCCCAUAAUUUCAAAUGACUUCACACGAAUAUCCGAUACGAGGUCUAACCAGGUCUGACUAGUCUCCCCCGUUGUAUUUUUGAUCUGAAAAUAACAAGACUUUCCAUACUUUCAAUGACUGUUGAUUCGUCCGAAAGUAACGAGAUAGGCGAGGAUAAUAUGCUACGAGAAAAAGUACAAGCUGAUUCCAUUCCUACAGAAUUAAAUUCUCAGGAUUCUACAAAAGAAGUUUCAGAAAGUAUGGAAACCAAAGAUGAAUGGAUGGACAUACUUGGUAAUGGUCAGUUAAAAAAGAAAGUUAUAAAAGAAGGUGAAGACGGAACAAGACCCAAUAAACGUGAUAUAUGUAAAUUAAAAGUUGUUUGUGAGGUUAAUGGAGAAAUAGUAGAAGAAAAGGAUGAUUUUAUGAUACAGUUAGGAGAUAUGGAAGUGGUUCAGGGAUUAGAUUUAACAAUUUCUUUAAUGGAUAAAGACGAAAUUGCUGAAGUUUAUGUUGAUCCUCGAUUUGGUUAUGGUGAUCAGCCAGAAGAAAAAAUACCACCUAAUUCUGUUCUUAAAUAUAUAGUUGAAUUAAAAGAAAUAAUUUUUGAACCUAUUAUAGAAACACUAAGUGUUAGUGAAAGAUUAAAAAUGAGCAAUGUUAAACGCGACCGUGGAAACUUUUGGUAUAACCGAAAGAAGAUGACUUAUGCAAUACACUGUUAUCGGAGAGCAUUAGAGUAUCUAGUUUCAACAAAUCAGGAUGAUCAGGAAGAUUCUCACAAUGGUAAUACCAUAUUAGAAAGCUGCAUGAAAGUAAAAAAUAAUUUGACAGCUGCUUUGAUGAAGACAGAAGCUUAUGAUGCAGCUUUAGAAAAUGUAGAAGAUGUUUUGAGUCAUCAACCACAAAAUUUGAAAGCUUUAUAUAGAAAAGGACAAAUAUUAAAACAAAAGGGAGAAUACGCAAAAGCCCAUGCAAUUUUUCUUGAAGUACAAAAAUUAGAACCAAGUAUGACAAGCUUACAAUCUGAAUUGGUAUAUUUAGAAGACAAAAUUGCAAAAGAACAAGAAUCUGAAAAGAUGCUGUAUGCUAAAAUGUUGGGUAGAGUUAACAAUAGUAAAUCAAAGAAGAUAAAGGUCGAAAAUAAAUAUAAAAUUGCUAAAGGAAUUCUAUGGACUUUAGUUGGAGGAACAUCUACUGCUCUUGUUGGUAUACUUAUACACAAAUUUGUUUCAUGAAAAAAAAAGAAAAGAAACAUAUGAAGAUCUAAAUCCGUUAACAAA